AUAGAGAAACAUGUAUGGCAGCUAUUUCAGAUAUAUUAAUGAAUGCGAUGCAUUUGAUGCUGGGUAAACGAGAAACUCAACAUUUUUCACUUUCUGAUAUUGCAUCAUCUGCUUCUACAAGCAGAGAUAAUGAUUUUCCAGAGCAGAAUAUGAACGAUAAUCCAAACAAUUGCCAUAAGGAAUUGUUUCCCACAAUUCCUUUAGAAGAUGCAUUGGAGAUAUUGAAUAAAAUAGCACAGGCAAAGAUGGAUAAGAUAAAUCAUGAAUCGGUGAAGAUAAAGGAUGCUUAUGGCAGAAUACUAUGUGAAGACGUACAUCCGAAUUGUUCCGUGCCACCGUUUAGAACUUCCUCUAAGCAUGGGUACGCAGUGUCGGUAAAAGAUGGAAAAGAAUUGAGAAGAGUGCAGGAAGGAGAAAAUGGGUUUCCUCCGCUUCCGCUUCAACCUGGAACAUGCGUAUGGGUAAACAGUGGGGAACCUAUUCCUGAAGGAGCAACAGCAGUUGUACAAGUGAAGGAUACAAAGCCAUUAGAAGGAUCCCCGAACGACGACAGCAAGUAUAUUGAGAUAAUGAUUAAACCACAACACGGACAAAACAUUAAACCUAUAGGUUUCGACAUAUGUGACAGAAAAAAGGAUAUUAUUCUAAAGAAAUUUACACGUAUUGGCCCAGAGGAAAUAGGAGUCUUGGCAGCUUCCGGGUGCAAAGAAGUUAUAGUCGCUAAACGGUUGUCUAUAGGUGUGUUAUCCAUCGGCGAUAACUUACAAGAACCUGGAGAACCUUUACAACCAGGAUUUACUUACGAUAUUAACAGAAUAACUUUAAUCUCAUUAUUAAAACAUAAUGGCUACUCUUCUUUGGAUUUCGGAAUUGUGAAUGAUAAAUCUUCGUCUAUUCAGGAGAAAAUCGAGGAAGCUUUAAAAAGAGUAGAUAUACUUGUGACGACAGGCUCUAUUAAUGAUAAGGAUUUAUUAAAGAACAUUUUAAUGAAUUACUUUAAAGCUGAUGUACAUUUUGGUAAUGUAAAUAUAAAACCAGGGAAAUCAACGACACUAGCAAGUUGCAAGAUUAAGUCUAAGAUCAAUUACGAGACGAAGUAUUUCUUGUGUUUUUCGGGAAAUCCGAUGUCCGCUUUGACUGCCGCGCAUCUAUUCCUUUUGCCCUUUGUGAACAAGUUGCAUUGCGAUGCAAAUACAGAACCUGCUGCAAUACCAACUCAGACAGACGCUUCGUUCCUUUUACAUCAUCGUCGUAGAAUAGCGUGGACAUAUUUACGAUGGUUCAAUAAAGAAAACGUCGCAAGAGCUAUCAACACAAGUAAUCGCUACAAGGAUACACUGUGCAAUAUGAUAAGUUCAAACGCAUUUUACCUCUUACCAACGACAGAGCAGAAUGUAGAACCGCUAUUUGAAACCAACAAUAUGAACGCGUCACUUGUUGACUAUCCCAAAAAUGUCUAUCAUUCGUUACUUGAGAUGCAUCUUUUAAAAUAGAGAAACUAAUAACGCUUUAUUACUUAUUUUUACUUUUAUAAGUUUGAAGUCGUAAAAGUCUCAUCAUCACGAGUGCAUGCUUCAUAAAGUAUAUCGCGAGUUUCGCGGAAGAACCGUUAAAUAAAGCUAGAUUCUAUAAAUUUUACGU